CUACUAGGAGUAACCUUUUUAGUGCUAGCGGAACGUAAAGUAAUGGCUUUUGUGCAACGUCGAAAGGGUCCUGAUGUAGUGGGGUCGUUUGGGUUGUUACAACCUCUAGCAGAUGGUUUGAAUUUGAUUCUAAAAGAACCUAUUUCACCAAGUAGUGCUAAUUUCUCCCUUUUUAGAAGCCCAGUGGCUACAUUUAUGUUAAGUCUAGUUGAACGGGCCGUUGUACCUUUUGAUAAUGGUAUGGUAUUGUCAGAUCCGAACAUAGGGCUACUUUAUUUGUUUGCCAUAUCUUUGCUAGGUGUUUAUGGAAUUAUUAUAGCAGGUCGGUCUAGUAAUUAGGGGGCGGCCGUUCGGUCGCCUAU